AGCAAAAAAAUCACACACUCUUUCAUAAAAGAAUCUCUUUGAAAUUCCAUUCCAUCCUACCUUUCAACGAUAUUCCACUUUUUUUUCCUUUUCUUUACUAAAUAUCUCUUCAACAUCCACUGGUUUUCCAUCUCUACCCUCUCCUAUUCUUAAAACUCGUCAUUUCCUAUCAUCGAUUCUCAUACUCGUUUGCCUUUUUGCCCUUUGACCUUCAAGAUUCUUUUUCUCUCAUUUCAUUUCCUUCAAAUCACUUACUCUUGAAUCUCUAGACAAAUUUUCCUUUAUUUUUUUAUUUCCUAUUAUAUUUAUUAUAAUUAUUCUACACUUUACUUUACCUUCCCCAAUGGAUACGACAGCUGUAGACACGGCUGAUUUGGAAAAGUACUUGAAUCAAUAUGGUGUUUGGCCAAGGAUUUUUAGAGCCCUUUUCAUAGCUCGCUCUCAUGAAACUUUCAGGUCCUUUUGCUCACAAUACGCAAUCAAUCAAUUGAAAGCACACACAUACAACUUGGAAUUGUACAAAUCUACUUUUACAGAAUUCGCAAAUGAUAUGCCCGACCAACAGUAUGAUUUAUCUUGGAUUGACAGUGUCACCUACCAUCGAAAGCAAAAUUUAGACCACCUUACAAAAGAAUUGAAAUCAUACAAAAAUAAUCUCAUCAGAGAAUCCAUUCGGUCCGCCCAAGUCGACCUGGCCUCUUUCUUUACCGAUUUGGGUCAAUUUGAAAGUGCCCUUCGUGCUUAUGCAAAGGUUCGUGAGUAUUGUACAAACGCCGCCCAAAUCGCCCAUCUGUCCCUCGAUCUAAUGAGAGUCUCCAUUUGGAUGGAAAACUAUUCUCAUGUUCUUGCUUUUGGCUCCCGUGCAAAGUCUACUUUCUCUUCUGCAAUGGAAAUUAAAAGUACCGUGUAUGCUUAUUGCGGUUUGGCCCACAUGUGCCUGGGCGAUUAUAAAUCUGCCCUAGACCACUUUCUACACAUAGAACCCGAUUUUUCCGAUAUUCUCUUGACAAAAACGGAUGUCUCCACCUACACUUGUAUUUGCGCUUUAGUAUCCUGGGACCAUAAUGAGCUGCUACAACAACUAAACGAAGAUGAAAUAUUUAAUGCUCUAUCCGAUCUCAAUCCCUCCUUACGAAAAUGUAUGCAUUUUAUGAGCCAAAGAAAUUAUAGCUCUUUGUUCAACACCCUUCAAGCCAAUUUUCCCGAAUAUGCCUUCGACAUGUAUUUGGCUCCUCACCUAUCCACAUUCCUAUCUUUAAUUCGCGAACGUUCGUUGGUCGAUUAUUUGUUUCCAUACAGUGCUAUCCCCAUGAAAAAAAUCGCUUCUGACUUUCAGGUUGACUUGCCCUUCGUUGAAGAUUUUCUAUUGCAGAUGGUGGAAGCACAAAAAAUAAACGCGAAAUUGGAUUGUCUCAAUAAGUGUGUUUAUAUGGAGUCUUCAUUCGAACGCGAGCGCUUUCAGGAAAUUCAAGACAUCGCUGAAAAUACACAUAUAUAUAGCAAAGCGAUCCAUUUACAGACUACAAAUACGUUCAACAAAAGCAUAGCUGAUGAAUCCUCUACGAAUACUUACUAUCCUCCUGUUGAUCAAAACUAAAUUGUUUUCAUUCAUGCAUAACGCCAAAAGGCCAUGAAAAGUCAGUUUUCCGUAAUAUAUUUCAUGACAAUCAUACAAUCUAACCAAAUCUACGCUGAUGCCGGAGCGCUCUUCAUGUUUUGAUCAGUAGCUUUUUGUUGCAUGACGGAUUGAACAGCUACACAUUCACAUAUUGUUAAUAAUUCGUUCCAUCAUAAUCACUUUUGGUAAAACAUAAUAAAAUUGUUUAAUCUUACCUCGUA